AAUCAAUAAUUAAAGAGGCCAAAAACAAUGCUGGCUCUGUCAGCUCUGAUCUUCCAGAUCUUUCUACAUUCUUCAAAUGUGCUCCCGGCGUGGCGAUGGAAGCCACGUUGGAAUCUUGACCUUCCUCCAGCAUCGGAUAAGAUCUUUUCCUCUCCUCAAGACACAGCCCACACCGGAACAUUACCAAGGAGGAUUAUGGCCUUGCACAUAGUACAUUGGGUUUUUAGCGUGUUUCAUAAAAAAAUUAACAUGGUUAAAAUGUUGAAUGCCUGCAAUUGGCUGGUGACCAGUCCGGGGUGUACCCCGCCUCUCAUCCAAGGUGUUCGUCCUGCUCCUGUCACUCAGGCAAACGAGCAAAGCCAGGAUCAAGUGUCGGCAUCACAAAAAAAAGCACAGAGUGACAUUCAGGACUUGAGCCAGUGGACUAACAUCAACGUCUGGGAUGUGGUGGACAGAAUGUGGCGGGGAGUUCCAAUCUCCUCCCACAUCUUCAGCCUCUUCCUCCGUCUCCUGCAGGAGCAUUCUGAGUCAGCUGGUUGUGUUCAUCAGACCGGCUCCUGUGCGGUCCAGAAAAUCCGAACACUCUUGAUUAGGAACAGCAGAACCAGCAGGAUGGACGUACAGGUUCUCAUGUUCCUGCUCCAGCUGACCCACAUGGAGAUAGGAGAGAUGGUGUCCAGCACUGAGGCGGGUGUGGGUGUUCGAUGCCCGCUCGGCCACUUUCCCUGCGGCAACGUGAGCGAGUGCCUCCCGCAGGAUCUGCACUGCAACGGCCAGAUAGACUGUGCCGACGGUGCCGACGAGCAGCUUUGUGGAGACAACGCGGGAUGGGCCUACUUAUUUGAACAGAACCUACAGAACUUUCAUGUGGUGGACCGCAACCCGGUGAAUGAGUGCUUGUUGCAGGAGUACCCAGACAGCUGUCACUGCAAACAAACAGAUGUCUUUUGUGUGGGCGUCCAUCUGCAGCAUGUUCCUCAAAUGUCCCACAAUGUCACCUUGCUCUCGCUGAGGAGCAAUAGCAUCCGAACGUUGUCUGACUUUGUCUUCUCAGGUUAUUCAUCCCUGCAGAGACUGUUCCUUCAAAACAACGGCCUUUAUGUCAUAUCCAAACAUGCCUUCAGAGGGCUCUUCAGCCUGGAAAGAUUGUUCCUCAGUGAGAACCUGAUCUCCUCCCUCAGUCCUGGUGUGUUCAGGGACCUCCGUGCUUUGCAGUGGCUGAUGUUGGAUCAUAACCCUCUGAGCAGAUUGACCCGGGACACCUUCAUUGGACUCCACUCUCUCAUGUACCUGUCCAUGGUGGACACCUCCCUGCAGCAGCUUCCUCACCCCAGCUUCUGUCAGCACAUGCCCGCCUUGAACUGGCUAGACCUGGAGGGAAACCGCAUCCAAACUCUCAACCACUCCAUCCUGAAGACGUGCAGCAAGCUGGAAGUUCUGUUGCUGAUGGACAACAGGAUCAGCAGAGUUCCAGAAAACACCUUCAAAUCUCUGUGGAGACUGGCUGAACUGAAUCUCUCCAGCAACAGGAUCAGGGAGCUUCCAAAAAACACCUUUAGGAGCCUCUGGAGGUCGCUGGUCAAACUAAACAUUUCCAACAAUCCUCUUGUCCGCCUCCAACUAGGCCACUUGAGCCACCUGAAGCAUCUUCAGUCUCUGGCUCUGGAGGGCAUCGACAUUCCGGUCAUCCAGAAGGAGAUGUUCUUGCCCAUGGAGAACCUCUCUCACAUAUACUUCAAGAGCUUCAAGUACUGCGCCUACGCUCCUCACGUCAGGUCCUGCAAGCCCAACACGGAUGGUCUGUCGUCUUUGGAGGACAUGCUGGCAAGUGGUGUGCUUCGGGUGUCCGUGUGGGUCAUGGCCUUCAUCACCUGCUUUGGGAACCUGCUGGUCAUCGGCAUGCGCUCGCUGAUCAGCGCCGAGAACAGCAUGCACGCUGCCUGCAUCAAGGUCCUCUGCUGUGCAGACUGCCUCAUGGGCGUUUACCUCUUCUUUGUGGGCGUGUUUGAUGUCAAAUUUCGGGGACAGUACAACCGCAAGGCUCUUAUCUGGAUGGAGAGUACAGAGUGUCGGACCAUGGGGUUCCUGGCCAUGCUCUCCUCUGAGGUGUCCAUGCUGCUCCUGACCUACCUGACCCUGGAGAAGUUCCUGGUCAUCGUGUUCCCGUUCAGCGGCCUGCGUCCUGGAAAGCGUCAGACUGGGGUGGUCCUGGUGUCCAUCUGGCUGCUGGGCUUCGUUAUCGCUGCCGUGCCACUAAUGAACGAGGACGUGUUUGGGAACUACUACGGACGUAACGGUGUUUGCUUUCCCCUGCAUUCGGACAGGCAGGAAAAAGCCACCUCUAAAGGAUAUUCAACCGUGAUUUUCCUGGGUCUGAAUGCAGUGGCCUUCUUGGUGAUCGUCUUCUGCUACUCUGCAAUGUUCUUCUGCAUCUACAAAACUGGCAUGAAUACGGGCAGGCUGCACAGAGAGGUGGCCGUGGCCAACAGGUUUUUCUUCAUCGUCUUCUCAGACGCCCUCUGCUGGAUCCCCAUAAUCUUCGUCAAACUCCUCUCGCUGCUGGAAGUGGAGAUCCCUGGCACCAUUUCCAGCUGGGUGGUCAUCUUCAUCCUUCCCAUCAACAGCGCCUUGAACCCCAUCCUCUACACCUUGACCACCAGGUUCUUCAGAGAGCAGGCAGAGCUUCUGUUGUGUCGCUGGCAGAGGAGACAUGGCUUAAAGAACCGCAAAAACCUCACCUCCUCCACCAUCUUGACGGACACGGCGAGGGCGUCCUGUGACCAGCCUCACGCCUUCCUCCAGCUGGCUGGCGCUGAUCCUCCCUACGCCUGAAUCUGGUUGCAGGGAUGGUUGGCCAUUGCAAGUAUGGACCCGAUGGCGGCACUAAGAUUUGUCAAACCCUUUGUCUUAAACCAGAAAAUGAGCUGUUGCCGUUGUGCUUGAAGACACUGUGCACUCACGAGUGGGAGGAGCCAGUGAUCAACCUUAUAAGUAUUAGCCCAUUGGUGUUACAUGUUACAUUAUAUUAGCAUGUUACCAUGACAACAUGGCUAGGAAACAGUGUAGAAAUACUAAUACUGAAAUACUGAACUACAUAUUCAUCUAGAUCUAUAAAGCUAAUUUUAUUCCAUGUCUACCUGCGGUUCAGAUUAAUUGCAGUUUUAGGCUCUAUGUGCAUUAUGGUUGAACAAUAACGACAAAUGGGAGUGUGCAACUAUUAACAUCAUUACUGUUAUUGCCACUCAUCUCUAUUGUUACAUUUGUUGUAUUUAAGAUUUUUCUGCUGGUACUUUUUUUAAAAACUGUAGUUAUAUUUUAGCAGGGCUGAUUCACUGCCAUUUCAAAUGACACCAUUUUUGUGUUAUCUCGCUGUGAAACGAGCUCAUAACAUGAAGACAACAAAUGUAACAAUGACUCCAACUUGUGUUGUAUUUGUGCGCUCUACCUGCCCUAUUUUUUACUUGCUACACCUCAAUUUACAUGACAUUCUUGCAGGAUAGACUUGCACUGGAUGAAAUCAUUUGGUAUUCGUGGAUCCUAACUCAUCACUACAUGAGGCCCUUUGCUUUAGUUUCUGUUCAAUGUAACUUCCACUCUUUAUUACAAGAUAAUUCCGCUUCAACAGUUUUAAUUUCGACAAAGGACAUUGUAAUGUUGUACAAAUGAUAUGAUAAUUUUUGUGGAACAAGAAAUAUUUUAUUGUGUUGUGAUUCUGUUUUUAAAUUGUGACUCUCCCAAUAUAGAGAA